CCAAGUUCCCAAAAUGAGGGAAUUGGCUUUCUUGACUCUUGUAUGCGGCUUGCUACAUAUAGGUUUUUAGCGAAAUGUAAGAAUACAAAAGAACUUCAUGAGAUAAUAUGGAAACAAAAUGAUAGAACUAUAGUACACAGCUUUGAGCAACAACUUCUGUUUGCAAGAUAUUUAUUUCACUAGACUUGAAACUUGAGACCAAUAGACCAUAAUGAAGGACCCAAGAUAUAGAUUUCGCGUUGGGUCUCUAAAGUUUCAGCUUUGGCUCUGGAUCAAACAUGUCUCUCUUUUGAGAGGGAGAGAGUAAUAUAUUAUUCUUGUUGUAAUAGCGGCUGUUGUUAUUUAAUGUAGUGUUCUCUCUCUUUUAUCUCAAUUACAUAUUACAUCGUUAAACUUGUUCUUCUGCAACAGAUUUUGAGCCUCCUUCUAAUCAUAGCAGGAAGGCUCUCAUUAUAGCUGUUUCUGUGGCUACUCCAUUAUUACUCAUUCUCAUGGUUCUUGGUAUUGCUUGGAGAAAAAGCUAUUCAAAAAGAAAAUUAUCUAAGGAACAAGAACUAGCUGGGCUUGAUCUGAAAACUGGCCGCUUCACUUUUAGACAAAUUAAGGCUGCCACUGAUAACUUUAGUGCUGCAAAUAAACUUGGAGAAGGUGGUUUUGGAGCUGUUUACAAGGGAACACUACUAGAUGGUACCAUAGUUGCUGUUAAACAGCUUUCGUCCAAGUCAAAACAAGGAAACCGUGAGUUUGUUAAUGAAAUUGGAAUCAUCUCUGGUUUGCAACACCCAAAUGUUGUGAGACUUUAUGGAUGCUGUGUAGAAGGACAUCAGCUUCUACUUGUAUAUGAGUACGUGGAGAACAACAGCCUUGCCCGUGCUCUAUUGGGUCCUGAAGCAUCACGACUGGCAAUAGACUGGCCAACCAGGCAAAGAAUUUCUGUUGGCAUAGCCAAAGGUUUAGCUUUCUUGCACGAGGAGUCAGCUCUAAAAAUCGUCCACAGGGACAUAAAGGCUGCUAAUGUACUCAUUGACAAAAACCUCAAUCCAAAAAUUGCAGACUUUGGUUUGGCCAGACUUGAUGACGAGGGGAACACUCAUAUCAGCACCAGAGUUGCAGGAACAAUUGGAUACAUGGCCCCUGAAUAUGCAUUAUGGGGCUACUUAACCUACAAAGUUGACGUGUACAGCUUCGGUGUUCUGACGCUAGAAUUAGUGUCUGGAAUAAACAACAUGAAGUUUCGUCCUGAUGAGGACUACGUUUGCCUACUUGACUGGGCCCUAGUUCAACAAAAGAAGGGGAAUUUGCUGGAGCUGGUAGAUCCCAAUCUGGGAUCAAGUUUUAACAGGGAGGAGGCACUGAGAAUGAUCAAAGUGGCACUGCUGUGCACCAGUCCGUCACCAGCGCUUCGACCAACCAUGUCUGCAGUGGUGCGCAUGCUUGAAGGGGACGCUGAUGUCAGCGAGCUCAGCUCGGACGCAACUAUGUAUGGGGAUGAGUACAAUUUUCACGCACUUAGAGAAAAGUAUUCUGGAAUGCAAUCUUCGUCGUCCGUGACCAAUGGGUCGGUGAAGACAGAAAACACGAAGUCGGACAAACGGCUGAAUGGGGAGGAAGAGGCGAAAUUGCUGAGGUCGGGGGUGUCGGACAAGGGGGUGGAAUUGCAAUAGCCAACCCACUCCUAUAAUUUCUUCUCAUAAUGCUAUUUGAACCAGAGAACUGGGUCAUGAGUUAACCAGUCGGAUCGGGUCAAUCAUUCAGUCAACGUAUUGGUAACGAUAAGUUAGUAUUCUUUUUUUUUUUAGGACUCAGCGUCACUAUUAAGUGUUAUACUCUGUACCAAGUAACAUUCCACACAUACAUUUAGUUGAUUGAAAAACGAAAAGAAUUAGAGGAUCUGUUUGAAUUCCAUUUUACCAGAAAAUUUGGGUUCUAUUUUUCGGGAAGUAUUUUUGGUCACAUAUAUUUCGUAAUAUAUAAGUUGUAGGAAA